AUGGAAGAUGAGGAGGUCGCUGAAAGCUGGGAGGAGGCGGCAGACAGCGGGAAAUCCAAAUCUCCUCCCAAAGUGCCCAUUGUGAUUCAGGACGAUAGCCUUCCCGCGGGGCCCCCUCCACAGAUCCGCAUCCUCAAGAGGCCCACCAGCAACGGUGUGGUCAGCGGCCCCAACUCCGCCAGCAGGCCGGCCCUCCCGGUCAAGUCCCUGGUGCAGCGGGAGGCGGAGUACGCGGAGGCCCGGAAGCGGAUCCUGGGCAGCGCCAGCCCCGAGGAGGAGCAGGAGAAGCCCAUCCUCGACCGGCCAACCCGGAUCUCCCAGCUGGAAGACAGCCGGCAGCCCAACAAUGUGAUCAGACAGCCUCUGGGUCCUGAUGGGUCCCAAGGCUUCAAACAGCGCAGAUAAACGCGGGCUGCCGAGGAUGCCGCCGCCCGCUGCAGGCCGCACUGCCGGGGCAGACUGCUGGACUUGAGCAGAGGGAGCGACCGACUGACUUGCACUGUGAUCCCCUUUGCUCCGACCACUGUGACCUUGACCCCCAUGCACUGUGACCUCCCUUCCCCCUCUUCCCACUGCGAUUGGCAUGUCUGCAAGGGCUGUCCCCAGUCAAUGGAAAGGGAAAGGGUGGGGGUUAGAGGAGGGUUGGGGCCCCCCCAGGGACUCAGAGUA